AUGAUGACGCCGCCUUCCUCCCCACCCCUCAGCGAGUCUAUGUCUCGUCGGGUGACUUCAAUGCAGUUCACACUGACAAGACCGACUACAAGUGACACUGAACGCUGCUAUCAGCUCAUGUCGCAACACAGAAUCAGAAAUAAUAAGAGUCAAUCACUCCCAUUCACCAUCAAAGACGCCAAUCCGGUACUCGCCACUAUUUGUCGCGGUGGGGUUCCUGAUGCGACUCCUGGACUCGUCUGUGCCUUGUUAGAGGCCGGAGCAGACGUCAAUAUUGAGCGGUACAAAAGCACCAGCGUCUUCAAGAAACUCCAGGAUGUCAACCAACAGGACGUGCGAAACCAUGUCCUCCGGGACGCAGUGAAGAACUGCUCCGGAGAAAUUUUCUACAUCCUAGCCCAAAAGGCCGAUGGCGAGGCUGUCAAGGAAGCAUUGCCCGUAGCAAUAGCUUCGGGUGAUGCCAACAAGACAUACAUACUGUUGGCUCGUGGUGGCGAUGCAUCACCUCUUUGUGACGCCUUUCUCAGGGCUGUUGAGACUGGUCCAGUUGACCUGGUAGAGAUGCUUCUCCGAGAUACCAAUGGGGCAUGCCAAGUAUGCCGUAAUCAGGGCCUGGCAAAAGCGAUUGUCGUUGGGAGUUCUCCAAAGGCAACUGUAUUACUUAACAAAGGAGCAGACCCAACUGCCAACGACGGGGCGGUUGUGCAGUCAGCCAUCCAAGCCGGACUGGAACAAGUCGCAAUUCUUGCGGUGUCUGUCAGACAGAGUAGGCUAUCUCCAGCAUUCUUAGACAAGACUUUGGGAUUGGCAUACAGUCACAAGCAGUUCGAAGCUCUGCUGGCCUGUGCUUCUGCAGGAGCGAAAGGACCCAACACCAAUGCCACUCUAGUCAAUGCAGUUUCGAGCAUACAGCCCAAAGUGGUGAACAGCCUGCUCAAGCAUGGUGCCGACAUCGCCACUGAUAACGGGGCUGCAAUCACAGCUGCGGUACGCACGAGGGAUCCCGCUAUGCUCGCACUUGUGCUUCGUUACAAACCCCCGCCACAAGUUGCCAUGCAGGCUAUGGUGCAGGUCACGCAGCUUCAAGAUGUCGAACUUGCGUACCAAAUGAUUGAUCAACUUCUUGUUGCGGGGCUUCGUGGCGAUUGCGUCUCCCAAGCUCUAGUCGGAGUGUUAGACAGAACCAAAAUGUUAGGGGACGACCGUCGGCGCUUGGAACUUGCUCGUCUGCUUCUUCUCAAAGGAGCGGCAGAUAUCAACUGGAACCGAGGCCAAGCAGUCAUCACAGCGGUGCUGUCUCAGCAAACUAGUGCAGUUGGUCUAUUGUUGCAAUGCCAACCUUCACCUGAAGCGCUGGAAAAUGGCUUGAAACAUGCCGUCAGAAUUCAAGAUUCCGAAACAAGACUACAAAUCACGAGAUUACUCCUGGGAGCCGGGAAAUCUGGCUCUAAGAACCGUUUGGAGCGCAUUGCUAUCAUCGCAGCUGCAAAGGAACUGCACUUGGACCUGCUUGAGUUCUUGGCUCCCAUUUCCCAUUCUCCACAAACCCUCAUUAUCGAAGCCUUUGUUUCAGCGACAUCGAAUAGUGCCUGGCCAAGUCGACGCGGUCUACCUACCAUACAGGCUCUGCUGCGACGUGGCGCUUCGGGACAACAUGUCGAUAAUGCUUUCUGCACAGCGGCCGGUCAAUGUUGCCUCGAGGCAUUCCAUCUGCUGUUACCUAUGGUCAACCGCGAUGCCCUACCGGGCGCCUUUCAAGCCAUGACCACAGGAUGCGCAACUUGGCCGUCUGAUGAGAACUUGGAGGCUGUCAACUCGAUCCUCGAGGCGGGCUGUAGUGGUGACCCAGUCAGUGCAGCGCUCAUAUCAGCCUUGAACUCAUAUGUCAACAAGAGAGCGUCAGAAGAUUUGGUCGAUACUCUACUUGAAUAUGCCGACGUCAACUUCAAGCAUGGAGAGGCUGCCAAUAUUGCCGUCCGAGCUGGUGAUGUGACUCUCUUGAAGAAGUUGGUAGAGUACCACUUAAAUAGCGAUACACUCUCUAGAUCUUUCGCGACGGUGCUGGCGACGCCAAUCGAAGAACCUGUCGCUCUCGAGUUGAUAGAGACGAUUCUAGAGGCCGCCAAACCUCUGGGAAACAAGAUAGACUUGGAGAUGUCCUUGCCACUAUCCGGCCUCUCUUCAGUGGCUGCCUGCAUAUCUGUUCACUCUCAAUCUGUGCGUCUGAUCAAGCGGUUGCUGAAACUCAGUUGCAGCCCAGACAAGCAAUUCCUGGCAUCAUUGAGUCCCGAAUUUGGCGAAGAGUCGACUACAGCAUUACUGUGGGUGCUAGCCCAAAGCAAUGCCAUAUCUAUUGACGUUCUGAAGGUUUUGGUGAAAGCUCAAGGUAAGUUAGACCAGACCCCUCUCCGCUUCCUUAAGAAAAAAAGAGCAUUUUUUAACUCGAAAGCAGCAAAUGUUGACUAUAUCGCACCCAAGUCGAAAUUGACGGCAUUAAUGCUAGCAGCCAAAGCCCAACGACACGACGUAGUAGAACUACUGCUCAAGGCCAAUGCUAGCCCUUUAAACCGCGACUGCAACGAGGACACCGCGCUGCUAUUUGCAUCAAGGGCAGGGGAUUUAGCUUCCGUCAAGACUCUGAUCAAGGCCAAGUCCAGUACCGAUGAUGGCAGUCUUCACGAAGCUUCUCGCAACUUGCAUCACGAAGUUGUUGCGGCCUUACUGAAAGGCAAGCAUAACGCAAACUAUCCGAGCCACACAAAGCGGCACAACGGAAGGACAGCCAUCCAAGAGCUCGCGUCCCAUGUUCAAGAUAUGGGGGACAUGCUUCGAUUGGAGCAGACAAUACGUACCCUAGCAGAGUCGAAAGCAGACCUUUUACUACCACACAUCCCUAGUGGUAGAAAGAACUCCCUUUUUCUUGCUUUGGAAAACCCUCAGCCCAUCUCCGUCACCAGGGCACUGAUGAAAGUUGCUAUGUGGGCGCAAAUCAAUCACCCUGACAAUGUCUAUAUUCAACACCUGGAAUCUGGGACUAAAUGGUACUUUUCUCCGACCAUGUACCUCAUCAGCAGCUGCUUCGCUGGUGACCAUCGUCAAGUGGAAGAACUGAGGACCAUGCUUUACAUGGCCCAAUGCCAAGAUCGGAAGUUCCCCGAGUAUGGCCCUGGCGAAGGCCAUCAACUUCUCCCUGAAGACGUCGUGGGCGCCCCUCAACAUAUCCUGGACAGGAAUGCAAAACGAUUAGUAGACAAAGAGCUUCGAGAAAAGCGCGAACAGGACCACCAGACGAAAUUGCGCUUCAUGCAUGAAGAGGCUCUCCACAAGGGAUAUAUUCAGGACAUGCAUAUUAGUCAGAAGCUGGAGCACAGCUACCGAACUCACCAGGUUGACAUCGUCAAUCAGACCGAGAAGACGGAGCUACAGCAAAGCGCGCUUGAACGAAAGAACGCUCUCGUGGCGGCUGGUCAGCAACAAGUCGAACAACACAAGGCACGCAAUGCGUAUAUUGACGUGACCACACAGCAGACGCAGCAGCAGCUGAAACUCAGCUUCCAAGAGCAACAGGCCAAGUCCAAGAUAGGCCAGCAAAAGAUGCAGAAUGUUCUCGCAUCCGAGGCCCAGUCUUCUAAGCUCGCAGGCCAGAAACAAGAGCAAGCCCUCAAAGCGGCUAGUGAUCGGUCUGCCCAUGCGUUGAAAGCCAGGGAACACAAAAUGAAAAUGGAAGAGGCACGAGCUAAGCAAAAGCUAAGGCGAUAA